CUUCUUAUUUUUUAGAAGAAAAGGGAAGGAGAAAGAGAAGAUUGGAUUGGGGAUUAGGAAAAAAUGGCGUGCAGGGGUAUGCUUCGUUCCACCAUUCUCAUAGAACCCACCCUACUCCGUUCUUUAAAUUUCAAUUCUAACAAACAUCACAUAGCUUCACUCAACCAAUGGUCUUGCCGGUUUCAUUCUCCAAAACCCCCUUAUUCUUCCUCUCAGAACGAAACGCCGUUGUCUCAGGACCCUGUCUUGAAGGCCAUUUCAGAGAUUUCCAAAGGCGAAGGGAGGGUUGGCCAAACAACAAACGUAAUUAUUGGAAGCACUGCUGCCGAUGAUUCUAACAAUGAAUGGUUGGCUUUGGACCAGAAGGUGAACUCGUACCCAACCGAUCGAGGAUUUACCGCCAUUGGAACUGGAGGUGAGGAUUUUGUGCAAGCCAUGGUUGUUGCUGUCGAAUCUGUAAUCCAACAACCAAUUCCUCAGGGAUAUGUGAAGCAAAAGUUAUCGUCGGGGGGCAAAUAUGUAUCUGUAAAUAUUGGGCCCAUUCAAGUUGUUUCUAGUGAACAGGUCCAAGCUGUAUAUAAUGCCAUGAGGACAGACAACCGGGUGAAAUAUUUUUUAUAAUCUGUCACAUUGUUUUGUAGAGAACACCACGAUUGCAAGUUGAUGGGUGAUCUAUUUUUCAUAAAUGGUGCUUUGAUUGUAGAACAAUCUAGUUUUGGAGUGUCAUAACGAGUGGAAGAAAUAAUUAGAGAAAAUGUUCAGAAUUCUUUCUACAAAGAGUUGGAUGUGGAUGCCUUGAGACAGUGAAACGGCCUAGUUAGUUGAUUUAGAGUGCAUGGAUUAAAGUUUCAUCCAACUGAACUUAUGUUCAACUCAAUCCAUCACUCACAUUGUUAGCAUUUAUGCAUUGGCACGUACAAGAGUGCUUGAGUUUGAUCUUCAGAAUGCAUUGAGUCUCUGACCCUUUUUUCAACCCCUUUCCACCUCUCUCUUGGUGGUCAAGAGCCUGAUUAACUAAAAAAAAUCUUCUUUGCUUUCAGAAUUUGUACUAAUUUGUUUCAAUUGAAAAUGAAACAAAAACUUGGCAUUCUCUACGAAACUUUUGAAGUUGAAUGUUGAACUGUAAAAUUUCGAAUCUUUCCGAAGAAAUAUACAUGAACGUAAUACAUUACAAUAAAUAAAUUCACGUCCUCUAUUUUUAUCUUUA